GGCCCACCCGGAAGCGCGGCCCCGGGCCAGGGGCUGGUUAGGCGGUGUUUGGGCCGCGAUCUGGUCCGUGGGUCUCCUCCACUGAUCCGGCGCCGACCUCGGCUGCCCACUCCGUGGGCGGCCCGGCUACCUCCGGGACCCCCGCGCGGCCCUCCCGGAACUGGGGGAGCGGGCCCCACCACCAGCUUCACCCUCCACCCGGGCUGUGUGGCCGUAGCAUUUGCAGGACCCACCGAGUCUGUCUACCGCAGGCCUUUCUGAACCUCUGGCCGUCUGGAAGCUCCGCGGUGCUCCUUACCAAGAUGAAGUGCAUCUUGGUGGCCACAGAGGGUGCUGAGAUCCUCUUCUACUGGACAGAUGAGGAGUUUGAAGAGAGUCUGCGGCUGAAGUUCAGUCCCUCAGAGAAUGAGGGAGAAGAGCUUCCCGCCUUGGAGGACCAGCUCAGUACCCUCCUGGCCCCGCUCAUUAUCUCCUCCAUGACGAUGCUGGAGAAGCUGUCAGACACAUACACCUGCUUCUCAACAGAAAAUGGCAGCUGCCUGUAUGUCCUCCACCUGUUCGGAGAGUGCCUGUUCAUCGCCAUCAGCGGAGACCACACAGAGGGCGAGGGGGACCUGCGGCAGCAGCUGCGCGUGCUCAAGUACCUGUUUGAGGUGCACUUCGGGCUGGUCACUGUGGACGGCCAGCUCAUCCGAAAGGAACUGCGGCCCCCAGACCUUGAGCAGCGCAUCAAAGUGUGGGAGCAUUUCCAGAGCCUACUGUGGACCUACAGUCGCCUGCGGGAACAGGAGCAGUGUUUUGCUGUGGAGGCUGUGGAGCGGCUGAUUCACCCUCAGCUCUGUGAGCUGUGCAUAGAGGCUCUGGAGCGGCACGUCAUCCAGGCUAUCAACUCCAGCCCUGCACGGGCUGGCGAGGAGGCCCUGCACGCCUUCCUGGUCGUCCACUCCAAGUUGCUGGCUUUCUACUCCAGCCACAAUGCCAGCUCCCUGCGCCCAGCCGACCUCCUUGCCCUCAUCCUCCUGGUUCAGGACCUCUACCCCAGCGAGAGCACUGCAGAAGAUGGCAACACUCAGGUCUCGGGCAGCUCUCUGGGCAGCAGGAGGCCAUCACCUUCUCCACGGAGGUCCCGCAGCAGCCAGAAUAUCCCUCUGCAGCCGGCCUGGAGCCCCCGUUCCUCAGGCCCUGCCAGGAGUUCUGCAGGAACUGAGACAGACAGCUUCUCCCUCCCUGAGGAGUACUUCACGCCAGCUCCUUCCCCAGGGGAGCAGAGUUCAGGUUCAGGUAGCACCGUCUGGCUGGACGGGGGCACCCCGCCCAGUGAUGCCUCCCUGGUCCAGGUCGCUGAAGACACCCUCCAAACGCUGUUCCCUGGCUCCCUAGCAGCUGCCAUCCCCCAGAGGAUUUUCCUGGAUGCCAAUGUGAAGGAGACUUACUGCCCCAUGAUGCCCCACACCAUGUACUGCCUGCCCCUGUGGCCAGGCAUUAACAUGGUGCUCCUGACCAAGAGCCCCAGCACGCCCCUGGCCCAGGUCCUGUAUCAGCUGCUGGAUGGCUUUUCCCUGCUGGAGAAGAAGCUGAAGGAGGGUCAGGAGGCUGGGAGCUCCCUGCGGUCCCACCCGCUCAUGGGGGACCUACGCCAGAGGAUGGACAAGUUCGUCAAAAAUCGCGGGGGACAAGAGAUUCAGAGCACCUGGCUGGAGUUCAAGACCAAGGCCUUCUCCAGAACUGAACCCGGAUCGUCCUUGGAGCUGCUCCAGGCGUGCGGGAAGCUGAAGCGGCAGCUUUGCACCAUCUACCGUCUCAGCUUCCUGACCACGGCUCCGGGCCAGGGAGGCCCACAGCUGCCCCAGCACCUGCAGGACCAGGUCCAGACACUCAUGCAAGAAAAGCUGAUGGACUGGAAGGACUUUCUGUUGGUGAAGAGCAGGAGGAACGUUACCAUGGUGUCCUACCUAGAAGACUUCCCAGGCUUGGUGCACUUCAUCUAUGUGGACCGCACAACCGGCCAGAUGGUGGCCCCUUCCCUCAGCAGCAGUGAAAGCACUUCGUCGGAGCUGGGCAAGGGGCCCCUGGCAGCCUUUGUCAAAACCAAGGUCUGGUCUCUGAUCCGACGGGCUCGUAGGUAUCUGCAGAAGGGCUACACCACGCUGCUGUUCCAGGAGGGGGACUUCUACUGCUCCUACUUCCUGUGGUUCCAGAACGAGACGGGGUACAAACUGCAGAUAAUCGAGGUGCCUGUCCUUUCCGAUGACUCGCCCCCCGUGGGCAUCCUGGGAGGAGACUACUACAGGAAGCUCGUGCGUUACUACAGCAAGGGCCACCCAGCGGAGGCUGUCAGGUGCCACGAGCUGCUGGCCCUCCACCUGUCCGUCAUCCCCAUCGACGUGCUGGUGCAGCAGGCCGGUGAGCUGGCCCGGCGCCUGUGGGAGGCGUCCCGCGUCCCCCUGCUGUAGGCCAGGGCGGACUGCCCUGGUGCAGUCUGCCUGUGCACCCCACUUCUCCAGCCCCCAUCCCCACCUGUAGAAUCCCCACAGCAAGAGCCGCCUCCCCUCCAUAGUGGCCACCGGAGGAUUGGACAGUCCCCAGGGCAGCCCCAUGAUUUCUUAAACUUCACCUAGAGCAGCCCCCACUCCAGGCAAUGAAGAAACCCCCAAAUUCUUCCCUCUAAAGGAGGAGGAAGGCCAGGGUGUGCUUUUGGUCUCAUUGAAAGAACAGUGGUUGUGAGGUUAGAGCUGGGGCAGCCCCUCUUUCCGAGCUGCUCUCCGUUUAUCCCCAGGAGACAGGAAGUCCCCAGUGCCUGCAGGUGUCUUCAGACACCCUACCCUCUCGCUGCUGUUGCCCGAGUGGAGGAAAAGCUCCUUCAGGAGGGCGUCUCCUCCCCAAACGAAAGGCGCUCUCUGGCUAGGUUUGAAGUCCAGCUCUGCCGCUUCCUGUCUGCGAUAUUAGGCCAGUUUCCUAAACUCGAAACCUGUCUCCCCACAUGUAGAGUGACGGCACCUCCCUCUCAGGUAUUUGUCAGGGCUGCCAGACAUGCAGCAGGUGCUCAAUAAACACUGGUUACGGUUAUUCAU